GGCAGCCUCAGAAGUCAUUUGCCUUAGGCAAUCGAGCGAUUCAGACAAUGAAGAAUGUUCUCUCUUUGCUGAAUAGCCUUACUGAACCAUGGUUGAUCUUGGUUCAAUUCUUUGGGAUAUUGAUCCCAAAAGUGCCAUUUUGAGUGGGUUGGUAUUGCUUUUUCUAUACCUGUCCUUUCAGGUAUUGAAACUAUUUUCACCAACACUCAAGAAAGAUAAAGCCAUCCAGAAGCGUCGGGGAACAAAAAGAAGGAAAAAUGGAGCAUUUAAAGGUCGGAGAACUUGCCGGAGAGAAGCAGAGGAGGGGAGGAAGCUGCUUUCUAUUCUGAGAAGUCCCAUGAGCCAGAAUAAUGAUUUCCUCCACUUUCGGCAACUGUUAUGUCCAGACCCGCUCUGUGGGGUGUGUAAUAGAACAACAGCUAAGGUCAGUCAACUGAUCUAUAAGGCGUCCUUGGAAGAUGCUGUUAAUUCUGUGUCCCGUGUGUCUUCCGUGACGUCCUUGAGAGAGUCAUCAGUUUUUCUGUCCGCUGUUGUUUCUGCAAUCCCUCCGGGAGCUUCAGUUUCAACACCUUUAACUGAGCCAACUCUAUUUCCUUCCUCUAUUCGUUCACCUGACCAAAUUAACCCUUUAAUUGACCUACCUGGACCCUCAUUACGGGAUGACUCUCUGCCACCAGAGUCUUCUCCCAUGAGUUUAAAAUUGCCAGUGGAUCAUAUCCCACUUCAACCAGCUGUUCCAACCCCUCCCCCAGCUGUUCCAACCCCUCCCCUAGCUGUUCCAACCCCUCCCCCACCUGUUCCAACCCCUCCCUCACCUGUUCCAACCCCUCCCCCACCUGUUCCAACCCUUCCCCCACCAACUGACAGUCGUGAAGCAGCACCUGUUGUUCUCUCUUCUGCUGUUUUUUUUUUUGUGGAUAGCCCUGAUGGGUUAUCUCCUAAUGUCCCAACAACCUCAUGCACUGACAGUGCAAGCCUUCCAGUGGCAGAGUUCUCUGGAAGCCAGUCUCAUGCUGAACACUUGUCUCCAUCUAAAUUGGAGCCCUCUGAUGAUGACAAAAACCUCACUGACCUCCAUCCUCCUGAGGCCUCUUUUGAGAGUGCUACUGCAGCCAUCCUUGCAGAGACCGGAAACCUCUCAUUUCUAUGCCCUGAUGUCUUGGCCCUUCUGGAGAGACAUAUAAAAAAGAAGGGUGAUUUCCUGAUGCAGAACAAAAAGGAAAAGGCAACAAAAUCCUUUCCAAAAGAACUUAAGCCAGACGGCCAAUUGAAUUCUUCAGGGAAAAAGUUAGAGUCAGUUGCUGAGCAACAGGACUCACCUGUUUCCCUUCCUUCACAGAGCAGUAAAGGCAAAUCAGAGGAAUUGCAGGUAGACCACCAGUCCUCAGAUCCUAAGACCUUUGAGGAUAACUUACCUAAAAAAUGUACCCAAUUCUUCUGGGGUCUCCCAUCUUUGCACAGUGAGUCCUUGAAAUCUAUAGUACCUGUCUCAGGUGACUGUUCAACCGAUGUCUUCUUCAAUUCAAUGCCCACUUCCAUUGAAGCCCCUGAAUCUCUAGUUCUAACCCCUCCGCCAACUCUGUCCUUGGCUGAGAUCCAAUCUCAACCCUUGACCCAAGCACUGGGCCAAUCUCCUGUCCCACCCCAGGACCAGCUUCAGGGCCAAUCUCCUGUUCCACCCCAGGACCAGCUUCAAUUCUCGGUCCCUAGCUUGUCACCACCUAUUCCAUCUCAGGUUAGUGAUGGUGGAGUGAGGAUUCAUAGAUUCCAGGAUGAGGUACAGCCUCUCAUGCCAUCUAAAAUUCAUGACUUGGAAUAUAAUGUAUUACAGAAAGGACAGGAAAGUGUGUGGGGUCUACCCUUUGUAGUCCAAAAAUCCAAGGAAGAGUUUUGUCCUCCAGCUCCCACUGUUUUAUCUGAUAGACGUUCCUCCAAGGCUUAUGCUCCAACAACCAUCAUUCCGGGAGAUUUUCCCCUCAAAAAAGAGCUUCGGAAGAAGCUAGAGCACCACCUUCGGAAAAGGCUUAUUCAACACCGGUGGGGUCUGCCCCGCAGAGUCCAUGAGUCUCUGUCAAGGAUGAGUCCUGAAACAGAAAUUUCCGAGAUAUCUGAGUCAAAGUCCACUUAUGGACUUUCGUGGAUCUCUUUGUUUAAGGGUCAAAGUAGCAAAGAUUUACAAUUGAGCCAUCCCAGAAGUUCCCAUGAGAAGAGCUCAGAAUUACUUCCACCAGGGGACAGGGUGAAGAAAGUAAAUAGUCCCGAGAUUGGCACAAAAGAUGACCCAUUGAGUGACUCAGAGGGGGCUCCAGAUAAUGAUCUGGACUCUGACUUUCAGACAAACCUAAAAAAUGAAUUGAAUAGUCUUUUUGGAAAAAAAUCAAAGAUCUCAGAGGAGAGCUCAGUUCAGAAACAACUGACAGAAGCCCUGGAAUCACACUUGAGCAAGAAAUUUGAGGAAAUCAAUGUGUGUCAGAUGCCUGGCACUGUGAAUAGAUCAUUGCAUUCUAUGGAGCCGGUAUUGACUAGUCCUGAGAAAUCCCCUAGCCAAACAAAACACAGUGAUUUGGCACCACUGGUGUGUGAGGACAAGAAGGGCCUCAAUACCGCCCAGGAUAUUUCCUUCCUUGGUUCCAACAAACAAAAGAUGUUGGAAGACCAUAUCAAACUAUUUCAUAAGAGGAUGAUGUGUGGGCUUCCCCAAAAAGUCCAGGAAUCCAUAGACAUCUUCAAAAUGAAAGGAACCCCAUCCUGGUCCUCAGUUCGCUCCAACAUUUCCUCCUCAUCCAGUCUUACUUCUGGCAAGGAUUCUAAAAUUGGGGUCUCCAAGCCCAUUAAAGAAAGCAUUAGUACUUUUCAUGUAGUCAAGGUGGGAACAAUGAUUUCAGGCCCUACUCUAGAUCAUCCUCUUUCUGUCACUUCACCUGUGAGCAAGGAAAAUAAGAGGGCCCUAACACAUUCACCCUCUCACACCAACCCUGAGCUUACAGAGAAUGUCAAGGCAAUUGAGGGUGACAGACGGGCUUCGUUGCCCUUCCCCCACAGUGACAAAGAUAAAGACAGUCAGAAACAGACUGUAAUAGCCAAUAAAUGCAGCCCAAAGUUGCCCACAAAGCAGGUUGGGGCCAGACCCAAAUCAUGGAAUAAGGGAGUGAGUCCCAGCAAUAGUAUAGAAAAGAUUCAGAGAAAAAUGAUUAAGAAUUUAGAAUAUUUUCCCAUGUCUAACAAAUCAAGGGAGAUAUUCAAGGCAAAGGAGCUCUGUGCUAUUCGAUCACAGUCUACGAAUAGCCUGACGACCACAGAGUCUUUCGAAAGCUCCUCCGCGACAGAUAUGAAUAUGAGUAAAGUUGAAUCAACCCUGACCAUUGAAAGGCCCCCAGAAGGAAUAUCAGUUCUCAAAGAUUCCGAAUCAUUAAAUCUUAAAAAUCAGUUGCUUAAUGAGUUGAAGAUGAAAAUGGGGAGCAGGGAGCAGGGCCUGGUUCCAGGCUUUUCUACUGAGUUGACUCUGGCCUUAGAUAAGUUGACUUCCAAGACCUUGGCAUCUAAGACCUUAGCUUCCAAGACCUUGACGUGCAAGACCUUGACUUCAAAGACCUUGACUUCUAAGACCUUGACUUCUAAGACUUUCACUCAUUUUCAUAGUGCCUCUAGUGGGGACAUGGCAGCUCCUCAGGUGCUACAAGCCCACUGUGACAACAGAGGGAUCAACAUAGAGCAGGGGCAAGAGCCCUGGAUCCCGACACAUGUCUUAUGUAAGUGUCAGGAUAAGAAUGUACCAUUAGCAUCAAAAAGGGUGUGCCCUCUGGUACCCCAAACAGGCGAGUUUGGUGGAGGGGAUGCAGGGUUGGUGACACGCCAACCUAGAGAGAAGCUCCCCCACCCUCAAGACAGAACAUUAAAGGAGGCACUUGGGACCAAGUCCUCCUCAGCCCCAUCACUGAAGGGACAACCUUCUCCUGAAAACAAUUUUAAAAGCCAGUUCAAGCACUUUUUUCAAAGGCUUUAUCUUGGUAUAAAAGGAAAAGGGCAAGAAGGUUCUCUGAAAAAGGGCAGCUCUUCAUCAUCUGUGCAAGGCAGAAACCCAGCUAAGAGAGCUGCCUUUACUGGAAAUACUGAAGCUCAGAAAAUCAUGACAGACAUUGGGAAGAUCCUAGAGGAGAAACUAGCAGGUCGGCAUGGAGUAGAGGCCACCGCCCCGCAAAAGCCUCUUUCCAGCCCCAUGAGGCCUGGGAAAAUUGAGCACAAGACUGGACUGCCGGUUCAGGCAGAACCCGUCCAGAAACAUGCCUUCAAUGUCAAGACUCCCUGUGCUAAGGUGCCAAGUGCCAAAUCUUGCAGCCAAGAAGUUGGUUUUGCCGGUCAGAGGUAUCCUACAGGGAAUAAUAGAUGGGUCAUGGACAGGGGCAGACAGCCCCAGAAAAGUGUGACAGUACAGGAAAAGAUGAUAUGUCAGAAGCAUCAUCCAUCCAUGCCGCACAAGGAACCCUUGCUCCAUCUGAAUACUACAUGCAAACCUAGAGUUGGUCAGGUGGCUCCAGCUGCUGCUCCUUUUGCUAAAGGCACUGUGCUGGGAGAGUUGUCCAUGUUGUUCAAGCAGAAAAUGCUUCUCCAGAAUUUUCAGAAAGAAAAUUUUCUUCCCCCCAAAUAAUCCCUUUUUGAGAAUACUGAUUUUCCCCAAUAAAUUUUCUAAACAAUA